AUGCAUAGCACCGCGAAGGCUGGCUCGCGCUGGCUCGCCUUCCUUUUGCUGCUCUGCACCGCGCAAGCCUUUUAUAUCCCUGGCUGGUCGAUCAAGAGCUACAAGGACGAAGAGCAAAUACCCCUGCUCGUCAACAAGGUCUACUCGGACAACACCCAGCUUCAGUAUGCCUACUACGACCUCCCCUUCGUGUGCCCGCCCACGCACAAGCGCCGGUCCGGCGGCAUCCUCAGCGGCCAGAGCAUCUCGCUCAACCUCGGCGAGGUCCUCCGCGGCGACCGGAUCACCACCUCCGACAUCGAGUUGGCCAUGCAGCGCGACUCCAAGUGCAACUUCCUGUGCAACCAGGAGAUCACCAGGAGGGAUCUGAAGCGCGCCAUCGAGAUGGUCAAGGACGGCUACGUCGUCGAGUGGAUCGUCGACAACCUGCCCGGCGCCACGAGCUUUGUCACCGUCGACAAGACGCGCAAGUACUACGCCGCCGGCUUCAAGCUUGGCUUCACCGACACUUCCUCCGGCAGGCCGCGCUACUUCUUGAACAACCACCACACCAUCGUCAUCCGCUGGCGAACAGCCCCCGGUAAGGCCGGGCAGAGGGGCGAGAAGGUGGUUGUCGGGUUCGAAGUCUAUACCAAGAGCAUCGGGCCAAGCAACAGACGAGAUGAGACCGGCUGCCCCACCAAGCUUGACGACAUCGAUGAGAACUUUGAGCUGUACAUGAGGUCGAACAAGACCCGCGAGUCGUCUGCCGUGUACUCGGACUCGUCGUACUACCAGGAACAGGAAGACGAGGCUCUGGACGACGAUGCCAAGAUGACGAUCCCUUACACGUACGCCGUGUACUUUCGGGAAGACCCCACCAUCGAUUGGAACCGCCGGUGGGAGCCGUACUUUGUCAACCAGGAGGAGGGCUCGAGGAUCCACUGGCUUGCCAUCGUCAACUCCCUCAUCAUCUGUGGGCUGCUCACCGGUAUCGUCCUGAUGAUCAUCGCCAAGACGAUCAGGACGGACAUCAAGGGCUACAAGGACGCCGCGGCCGAGGAGAAGGCGCGAAUCAAGCGCAAGUCCAAGACCGGCAGUGGCUCCCGCACACCCAAGGACAAGGCCCCUGGCUUGCUCGAGCAGGAAGUGGAGGGUGACAACGAUGCCGACGUCUCGUCCGAUGAGGAAGCCCUGGAGGACGUUACAGGGUGGAAGCUCCUCCACGCCGAUGUAUUCCGCGCUCCGGUAUACGGCUACCUGCUAGCGCCAUUGGUCGGUUCCGGGAUGCAGCUUCUUUUCAUGGCAGUCGGCCUGGUCCUGCUGAGCGCCGUCGGCAUUCUCAACCCCAGCUUCCGGGGCGGCUUUAUCAGUUUCGGUGUUGGGCUGUUCGUGUUUGCGGGCCUGUUUUCGGGCUACUUCUCGGCGCGCGUCUACAAGACGUUUGACGGCCAGGACUGGCGCCGCAACACCGUCGUCACGGCCAUCCUGUUCCCGGGCAUGCUCUUUGGCAUCGUCUUCUUCCUCAACCUCUUCGUCUGGGCACAGGCCUCGAGCACCGCCAUCCCCUUCGGCACCCUCAUCGCCAUCGUCCUGCUCUGGCUCUGCAUCCAGGCCCCGCUCGUCUACGUCGGCUCCUGGUACGGCUACGUGCGCGCCGGCGCCUGGGAGCACCCGACCAAGACGGCGGCCAUCCCGCGCCAGAUCCCGCAGCAGGCGUGGUACAUCAAGGGCGCGCGGUCCGUCCUGCUCGCGGGGCUCAUCCCCUUUGCCGUCAUCUUCAUCGAGCUCCUCUUUGUGUUCCAGUCCAUGUGGCAGGACAAGAGCGGCUACUACUACGUGUUUGGCUUCCUGGCCGUCGUGUCGGUCAUCCUCGUCGUCACCAUCGCCGAGGUCACCCUCGUCACCAUCUACAUCCAGCUGUGCUCCGAGAACUACCGCUGGUGGUGGCAGUCCUUCCUGGUCGGCGGCGGCAGCGCCGUCUGGGUGUUUCUCUACUGCGUCUGGUACUACUUUGCCAAGCUGCACAUCACGGGCUUCGUCAGCAGCAUGCUCUUCUUCGCCUACAGCGCCAUGGCGUGCUGCGUGUACGGCCUGCUGACGGGCACGGUCGGCUUCCUGGCUGCGUAUGCUUUUAUACGCAGGAUCUAUGGGUGA